AUGAAAGAGGUUAGAUUAGAGAUAGAUGCUGAUGGAAUAGUGCAGAACUGUCUGUCUACUAGCAGUAAGCAUACUAUAGACAGCGAUAUUACAGACAACAACAAAAUAAGGUAUUUUGCCGUGCUGCAAGACAUACUUAAAAAGAACCUAAAAAUAGAAAGCGACGCGUGCAAUGAAGAAGAAAGGAGAGAUAUUUUGGACAUAGUUAAAAAGAGCAUCUACCAGUAUUUUAUAUACAACAUCUAUGGAGUAGCGGCCAUGACUAACUUACACUGUGCUCUGAAUAGUAGAAGCAUCCAGCUUCUUAAAAGCGCGUCUACCUCCUUAAUUAACGGCAUUAUAGAACCAAAUUCGUUUAUAUACAGCCCAGCGCGCGGAAUAAAUAGAAAAAAUGGCAAUAAUAAAACACAAAAAAACAUAGACUCAUUUACUAGAAUUCCUGACCUAAGUACCAGAGCAUGCACGCUGGAUAUUGGUGGAGCAAACUUUUUGGGCCUCAAGAGCCUGCUCCGAUUUACUUCAGAGAGCCUGGAUAGAGAGUCUUUCUCUUAUGUUGCAGGCAUAUUGGACACAGUGAGCAUGGACAUUCUGAAAAAAUACGCACUAGACAAAACGUGCUACACUUUAGACGAGCUAUACGUCCUGCAUAAAGACAGCAUACCGCUAGUAGACUACGGGCUGAAGAUUAUAUGCGAAAAAUAUCACGAGAUCGAAGAGUUGGUUCUGCUAGUCAGAGAAAUAGAAGGCAUUUUGAAUAGACCGCAGGAGAUAGUUAAAAAAGAAAUUUGUAGAGUGCUUAGCCUAGAAGACCUACCAAUACUCACUUCCAUCAGGGACAACAUAGAAAAAAUUGCACAUGAAAAAAGAAUGCACAAUUGCAUGAUCAAGCUAAUAGAGUACAUGGCAAACGAGACUACGCUCUUAGUGUGUGCAGAUGAGAAAAAGGUGCUGAAGAUAGACACAAGCUUCGAAAGCUUUUAUGAAGACUAUGUGGCCAAUACGCGCCUGGAAAAAGUAAUACACAUAUACAAAGUUGAGCUAGAAGAGGAGAUAAAAAGAAGGACAGACGCGCUCAAUUUAGAAGCCAGAGAAUACAUUGAAAAAAAGACGAGUCUACGAAAAUGGAAAGAAGCAGCUGUCUGCGACUCUCCGGAGCAUGCUCAGACAGAAAAAGAAAUGGAAGAAGAGAUGGAAAAAGCAAAGUGCUCCAUUGCUAGGCUAGAAAAGGAGAUAUAUUCAUUAAAAUGCGAGAUAAAAAAAGAAGACCUGCAGCUGUAUAACAUUCGAGAGCUCUUUGACAGCUUAUAUUUCUUGUCUGCCACGAGCCCAGGCCAGAAGCAGUACAUGUUCGAAAAGAUAGAGGAAUUUGCAAAGGUGCUGUAUGUAAAAGUAGUAAAAGUACCAGAAGACGUGGAAGAAGCAGCAGAAGAAAGAAAGCUCUUCUUUUCAGAAUUCAUCCGGGAGAACAUAAUUAAAAUUCUUAUAUUAAGCAUUGUUUUUAUAAAAUUAACAGCAUUAUUGAUUAUCUCUGCAAGGAAUGAAAUAAAACCUGCAAAUAUCAACUAA